AUGGGCCUCGCGCGCGGCCCCCUUUCAGCGAUCGCGGCCGGGGUCUUCCACGGGCUGGUGGCGCUUGGAGCCUGGCGGGUUGCGCCCCCGCCGGUGUGCCCUCGGCCCGUCUGCCCGGCGGCCCAUUGCCCCUCGCCCGCGGGGCUCGGCCCGCCUGGCGGGGAUCCGCCCGCCGGGCCUGCGGCUCUCUUGGCUGAGCUGCCCGAGGAGCUGGCGGAGGUUCGCGCUGCGGCAGCGCGAUUGGACGACCGCCUCGCUGUGCUGCAGGCGACGGCGGGCGCGGUGGCGAGCUUCUGGCCCCUGAUCUGGGCGCUGAUUGGGGGGCUCGUGAAGGGCGCCCUCGACAGGCUCUUCGCGGCGGACGGGGGCGUCGUGAAGGAGCCGGCCUUUAUGAGUGAGAUGAGGCCAGGCCGCCGUUUUGCCCUGUGGUAUUCAGAUGAUACAUACUGGCACGAGAGAGUUGCCCUGGCGUGUGUGCGACCAGGAGCGUGGGUCAUCGCCACCCCGGACGGCGACGGGUAUCCCGAGAACCUGCGAUGCCGUCGGGGUACCAGCGGCGCGGUUCAGGCGGUGGAGCAGGUCAAGAUGGCCGAGGCGGAGAGCUACGCUAUCACGCGCCGUGCUCCUGCGCCGCCGGCCGCCGUCAUGAUGUGGGUCGGCGCGGACGUGGAGUACGAGCCCCUGAUGGCCUCGGAGGGCGUCCAGCUGGUGCCGCUUGGCGGUGGCGGAGCGCCUGUCCACGGUGAGGGGCCGGCGCUGGCCCCCUUGCCGCCGCCUGAGCUGCCGCCAGAUGCGACCUGGCUCAUCGUGGACCCGCACCAUCCCGACUUCGGCCGAGAGCGGCAUCCUGGUCCGGAUGCGCCCCGAGCGGGAGAGUACGCGAUCGCGCUUGACGCGUGGAGGAGGCCAGUGCCCGUCCGACAGGUCGCGCUGGCGGACGUCGAGACGUUCAUGGCCUCGGCGCGGACAGGGAUCGCCAAGAUCCUGGAGGACGAGGCCGGCCCAGCCACGGGGCAUCUGGAGGAGCGGCUUCACCGCGCGCUGGAUGGCGGCGCGAAGACGCCCCCCAGCGUCGAGGACGCGAGGACGUUGACGGUUGACUACGAUGAACACGGAAAACGAUACAAGGAGUGGAGAUCCGUAUGUGCCGAGAUCUCGUAUAGCCAUUUUGGCGACUGGGAUAAGCACCACGAGGGGCCCGCCACGACGUUGGCCUUGUUCAAGAACAUUCAGAGACAAGGCGGUGACCCUCGGUUGUGGUACGCCAGCUGGUGUCGCGAGGCCGGCGUCAGCCCGCAGGAGAGAAUGGGCAUCGAGAUGAAGCUCUUGACCGAUAUACUGUACCUCAGUGGAUGCUACGACCAGUUGAAUGGUCCCUCGCUCGCGUGCAUCGAGACCGUAGCUCGCCGUGUAUGUCAGAUCAUCGAGGCCUACUCGGCGGGCGUGCCUGGUCGUGCCAACUGGGAGGGCGUGAAGCAUUUCACCCAGGUGGCUUCAGCAUCAUAUGUGGCCCCUGCUGAGCUGCGUUCCCACGUGCACCGCCGGGCCAAGGAGGAGAUGGAGAUCGAGAGCAUGCGGGUGCGCACGCGGGGCCUGCAGCCGCCUGGAGGGCCAGAGGCGGUGCCGCCUGGCGCGCCCGUCAAUCCGAAGGGCACCCCGAAGGGCGGCGGUCGAGGCCGCGGCCAGCCUGUGCAGGGAGCUGGCCAGGAGGGCGGCGGGAAGGUGCCCCUGGCGCCACAGGGGAUUGAGGUCAUUUUGCCAGGCUCUGUUUCCAGUCUCUCUCCCGGACAGCUCACUGGCGCCCAGAUGUCUCUGGGGCUGGCGGAUGUGAAAGACGCGUUCCAUCGUUUCCGUAUUCCGAGUGGUCUGGUCAGUUACUUUGGGUUCGGAUCGGCUACGGCGGGGGAGCUGAGCGUCGUUGGACAGAACCUUGAUGGGGUCCUCUUGGGUGUUGACGACCAGGUCGAUAUCUGCUGGGCCUCUUUGCCGAUGGGCUUCUCUUGGUCUCUGUACUUCUGCCAGCAAGCGGGUGAACAACGUAUGAAAAGCGCCCCAGGGCUCACGACCUCGACCCUCCUCCAGGACCGCGGGGCGCCAGGGAUUUUUCGGUUCUCGGAGCGCUUCGACCCGUCUACUGGGACCUCUGCGGUGGAGGGUUCGGGGAUCUGCCACCAUAUCUAUGUGGUAAACCUGGGUGUGAUUAGCUGCGACCCUGUCAGCACUUCGUCGGCGUUGUCGGACGCCUCGGAUCGGUUCGAGAAAAUUGGCCUGAGGACCCACGAGCACGAGGUGACCUCAGGCAAGUCGAAGGCUCUGGGGACUCACUUGGAUCUGGAGGGCUUUCGUGUGUCCCUCUCGCCUGCCCGUUUCUGGAAGGUUCGACAAGGGGUGCUGUGCGCCUUGAGGUGCCGGAAACUUCCCGGACGCGCGUGGGAGGUGCUGCUUGGUCACCUCACGUUCUGCGCCCUAAUCAACAGGAGCAUGAUGAGCGUGUUGAGGGGCAUCUACGCAUUUAUUAACAAACAUUAUUGCGUGCCCACAGCGUUGUGGGAGACCGCCCGACAGGAGAUGACCGCCGCCGCGUCCUUGCCGUUCGUGAUGGAUGCCUCUUGGACUCUUCCCUGGGCCCCUAGCGUGGUGGCGACAGACGCGUCUGAGGAGGGGUUCGGGGCUACCGUCUCUUAUUGGGCUCCUGACAAGGUGGCUCAGGUGGGGGGGAUCAUGGAGAGGAGACGCUUCAAGAGGCUUCCUGGGGCUUCGGCGCGGGAAAGAUUUUCCGGCAGCUUGGAGGAUCUUGGAUCGGAUGGAGAGGGGCCCGAUGACGAUCAGCCCUACUUGGUGGACUCCAAUUUCCCCGAGGUCCCGCGCAAGCAGCUCUCCAAGGCCAAUUGGGACACCCUCUUAGCAGGUCCCUGGAAGUGCUUGGACGAGGGCAUCUAUACCCUCGAGUCGCGGCCUUCUGGGCUUCCAGGCCAGGCUGGCUGGUCAGCCCUCGGGGUCAGCGUCCGCCCCAGCUCUCCCGACAUCUUCGAGAGCGCUGGUGCCGGUGGUGCCGGUGGCGAGCCCUCCGUCGGCGAGCGCCCCGAGGCAGUUCCGGUGGGACCAGAUCGGCUUCAGGGACUCGGACUGCUGCCCUUGGAGGCCAACGCGGUGAAGGCCACCGCGGAGAACCAGUACCACGAGCUGGUGACUCUAUGGAGGCCCAACGCACGCGACCUCGGCGAGCCGCUCGGCGAGGCUGCCGAGGUGGACGCCUCAGUGGCGCGGCAGCUUCAAGACUUCUUCGACCAGGGCGAGAACGUCAGCAAGGGCGAGAAGCUCGUGGCUGGUCUGGAGCACUUCCUGCCAGAGUUCGGCCGACAUGGAGGGCUUCACCUCUCGCGGAGCUACCGCGCCCUCCGGGGCUGGAGGCGCCGGCGCCCACCUCGGUCGCGUCGCCCCCUCGCAUUUUGCAUCUGGGCGGCGAUCAUCUGGGAGUUCUGCCAGGACAACCUCUGGAACAUGGCGGUCUACACUCUGAUUAUGCUGGUGACGUACAUGCGGCCGUCGGAGCCGCUGAAGCUGCUACAGGGGGACCUGCUCGCCCCCGCCCACGGCCUCUCUGCCUCAUGGAUCUGCUUUGCUUUUCGCCAAGAGCGGGGUCAGUCUUCGAAGACCUACGCCACGGACGAGAGCAUCGAGCUCAGUUGCCAGUGGGCCCCUUUCCUUGCGACCGUGGCGGCUGCCCUCAAGCGUGGCCGCCCGAAGGAGAAGGUUUUCAGUAUCCGCUACAGCUCGCGCACGCGCCAGUUCAAGACAGUGUGUCGACGGCUCGGACUAACUGCGGUGCCAUAUCAGGCAAGGCGCUCAGGCGCCUCCAUCGACGCCGCAAGGAAGUACAGGACGAGAGCCGAGAUAAAGGCUCGCGGCCGAUGGAAGGCGGACAAGUCAGUGCUCAGGUACGACAGCAAGGCCAAGAUAGUCGAGAGUGUCGACAAGCUGCCCGACUCGUUGGCGCCUCACGUCAGAAUGUGCGAACUCCGACUCUGGGACCAUUUGUGCGGCCAGAUCGACCCCUCGGCCAUCGCACUGCCCGACGUCCUGAGCUCGGGCGAACGCGGCAUGGCGUUCGGGACCGCGCGGGCGUCGGGGACGAUGGGCCGACGAUGCGUUGUCGACGAGGGCGGGGGCCGGGCCGCUCCCCACUUGCUGACAGUGCACCAGUUCGGCGGCUCGGACGGGUCGGCGCCCUGCCGAGACUCGUGUUUGUCUGCCAGCCGCCGCGACCGCGGCUGGGCGGCCAGCCGCAUCGCGCGCGCGGGGGAGCGGCGGCUGCGGCGCGUGCGACGCGUUGGGGGGCAAAGUCUGGCUGACUGCUUCCAGAGCGCGUUCACGCAUACAGCCAAGGUCAACUACUUCACCAACCUCGCCAUCGUGGACUGCCUCACGGAGGGUUGCCCGGUGGAGGAGCUCAUCGAGCUGGAGGGCAGGCUCAGCGCGGACGAGGCAGCCAUCCACGAGCACCUGCGGGAGCUGCGCGACGUGCAGGAGAGAGCGCACUCCCCCGACGUCGCGGAAGCACUGGCGUGGUUUGGCACCGUCGCCAAAAACAGUCAACAGCUGCGUGACCAGUUCAAGACGAUCAAGGACGCGCAAGCUGAGCAUGUGAAGGCGAUCAAGGACUCAGAGUAUUCGAAGGAGUUCGCGGCGUCCCUCGUCGUUCAGAGUGACGAAGCCCCAGGCGACUAUUUGAACGAAGGAACCAUCGCCAUCUGGAGAAUGCUGUCCCGCUCGGGCAAGCAGGACAAGCAGCGCCCCGUGGCGGCGUGAGCCGCGGCUCGGGCGGCGCGCGGUUCGGAGACGCAAGCAACGACACGAGCAUGAUGUUUGGGGAUCCGCGCGGAGUUCUUCGGUCGCUGCAGGACCCGGGCGCCUCUGGCGCCGCUCCUGGUGCGCCAUGGGGAGGGUGCGGCGCCGUCCCAAGACAUCCGUGCGGGCUUCGAACGUCUAUAGUGGCUUCCCGCGCUUCAGUUUAAAGCCCAUGGCGUGCAUGAAUCAGGCUGACCGUAGACUUGUUUAUAAAGUUCGAGACGGACGACCUGCGCAUGGCGCGCAUCAGCCGCAGUCGAGCGGUGCCACGAGGGGAGCUCGGAGCGAGACAUUUAGCGCUGCCAGAGUACCCUCGCUGGGCCGCUUGACGGCGGUUGUUUUGCCUCUGGCCUUGGCGACCACGAUCCUGCAUGCAGUCGAUUAGUCGGUGCCAGCGCUUUUACGCUCGGCGUGUGUACAUUUGAAUUCGUCAUUUAGAACCGCGGGCGUGUCUAGCCUCCCGUAAGUAUGUCCCUCUUUGGAGCCACAACGCUCUGUUCCACACAAGCUUCGGAGGUCGAAGUGACCAUGAAGAGCAACCGCUGCGCUGUUUAGUCCGAGUGUUUAGCCGGAAUCUUGGAUUGCGUGGCUCUUCGGUGCAA